CGCACUUUGUAGACGAUGGCAGGGCUCGAGCACCGCGCUGCGGCGGCAGCGACAGCCCUCCUCCAUGGUACAGACCUCGACGACGUGCAUGCGCUACUGACGUCCGCUCCAUUCUUGCUGGCGCCCAUGGUCCGCCGAUGGGCGGCGCACGAGCCAAAGGCGGUGUCCAGCGCGCGGCUCUUGCUAGCGCUGGCGUCGCCUGCGCAAUUCCGGGCCGUUGUGACGGCGCUUGCACCCAAGCAGCAGCUCGAGCUGCUCGCACCACCGCUGCUGCCAAUCGACCUACGCCUGCGCGCUCUCUCAAUCGCCUUGGAAGACAACACGGCGCCAUUGGCGUGGGUCCAAGAUGCAUGCUUCCUCUUGGAACACGAGACCAGCGACUCGUUCAGAUUGGCUGGUCGUGACAACGUGCUUCGUCUGACCGAGCAACUACGGGCCUACGGACCGCAGUCGGAGCAGUUCAGCGCAACGCUCGAACGACUCGCCGCCAUCGGGUGCCCGCGCUCACACGCCCAUGCCAUCCCGCUGUCGCUACCUGCACUGCGUCUGCCGAUGGAUGCUAUUAACGCGAUGACAGCGCCCACAACAGGGCUCUGUCCCGUCCACGUACGUAGGCUGCGGACGCUUGCCGCGUCCGGCCCGACCUCUCUUAGCGCCGUCGUCGUCCUUGCGUGGGACAUGGAUACGUUCUGCAAAGACCACCUCGAGGCGCCAGCACUCGGGCACGGCGCAGAGCUGGUUCAGCGCACGGCGUUGCAUUGGCAGCUGUGCCUCUCGUCGUUGCUGGACGCCUUUCUCGAAGCCGCGACGCUCGAGCGCAACGGUGUCGCCCGCUUUCUCUCGGGUCGUCGCCACUGGGCGCAUUCCGUGGUUUGCCAGCUCUUGCGAGUUCCCAACGCUUCGUGGUCUGUGAGCCAGAGCCCUUCUGCGCGCGUUGCGGACACCAUGGCGCACCUCGCCCGCGUCUACGCUGCAUGGUCGAUAGCAGACUCGCUACACGCCGUGUACGACCUUCUCUUGGGCGCAGAGGCAACGCCGCUGAGCGAUGCAUUCUGGGCGAGUGCACUCGGCGCCGGCGCGGCGCUUGUGCAUCACCAAAACGAAGCUUCGUACACGCCGGUCGAAGAGUACCUCGUGGCGCGGGCGGCGUCCUUGGUGGUGUCCCGAGGCCGCCACGUUGACCUCGCGAACGCGCGCCAGCUCUUCUUUGACGACACGGCGCUGGCCGUGGCGACAACAAACGAGGCGCUUUCACCUCGCCUGUGGUCGCGCGUGCUCCACGCAUGUCUCUUGCGCAACGACGACUCGGACUGGAUACGCUCUGUGGCUAUCGACGACGCAGUGCUUUGCGAUGCGUUUGCAGCAUCGCCUGACGUGGCGCUGGCGUUGGCGACGGCCGUGGCGACGCAGCUCUCGUAUCCACGCGGACGUGCGCUGCUAUGCCGCCUUGUCGACCGCAAUCGCGCGAUCGCAAGCGUCCGUGCGCCGUCGUGGCCCAGCCGCGUGCUGCUCAGUGACGUUCUGGGGGACAUGUCGCUCGAUGACGCUUGGACGAGCCACUCGAACGCACUCGUGCGCUUCUUCGUCGCGUUCGACCACGACGGUGCGGAUGGCAAAGCGCUCUGGGCGCGCUGCUGCGCCGACGACAAGCAGUUUCUGGACGCUCUUUUUUUCAGUCUCGUCACCUCGUCGCGGAAGACGUCCGACCGCUGUCACUGGACGCGACUUUGGAACCAGAUCGUCUUGUGGCUGCGGCAGACUGGGUCGGCCGUCGCCGAGAUGUGGGCAAGCCACCUUGUGCCGCCGUCGGCGACCUUGGUCGCGUACGGCGAGCGCUACACGCAUCCGAAUGCCACCGGACUGCCCAUGUCGCCGCUGCGGCUCGAGACCCUUUUACGGAUCGAUCUCGAGACGAACAUGCCGCUCGACUUGCGCGCGCUCACGGCCUUUUUGCUGCACACGGCGGUCCACUGCGUCGACAUGUCGCAGCUCGAGCACUUGACACUCGGCGUCGCCACGAUCCGCGGCUGGUUGCUGAACGACCACUGGAGCAACGUUCUGCAGACCGCGCUCACGCGCAUCUCGGCGUCCGAGCUCCCGAAUUGGAUUUGCAUCACAUCCUCGUGGGUCGACUUGCCGUGGGCCCGCGUCUUGGAGCAGCCGCACGUCUCGGCGGCGCUCGUGACUCUGUUGUGGCAGGCCCCGGCACACACGGCGACGCUGCAGCAGUGGUUCAACCUCCCCGCGCUCCGCACGCUGCCCAUCACAUCGUGCAUCAUCCAUGCAGCGCGGCAGUCAUUGCUGCUUGGUAGCCAUGCGUCGUGGAUGACGUUUGCAACGACGUUGGCGCAGGCGGUCAUCGUGCCCACGAAGGCGACAUCGACGAUCGGGUUUUUCAUUGGCCACGAGACAAGCGUCUCGACGCCCUGCGUACAAGUUGGAGGGUCGCCCGCGCCGUUCGUGGCCUUGGACUGCGCGUCGUGGAUCGCACUCCUCGGGUACUGCGACGACCCUCGGCUGGCCCCACUUGUUCAUAUCACGCUCAUGCAGCUGUAUUUGCCGACCGAAUGCAAAGGCGACAUUGAUGCCCUCGGCCAAGCGAUUCUAACCGGCGUCCUGCGACUCUCGCUGGCGCAAAAGCGCGUGCCAUCGUGGUUGGCGUCGCCGUGCCACCUUGUGUGCACCUCGUCGUCGCUGCACCCGUGCUCAUGGCUGCUCCGGUCGCUCAAGCGCAUCGCGACCGCGAGUUCGCCCAUGAACCCCACCCGACUCUCGCAUGCCAUGAUGACCGCGAUCGACGCGCUCUUCCUCCCGCACAUGCUCAAGACUGCGAUAUCGACGCAGCCGAGUGCGACGCAGUGGUUAAUACCCGAGGUGCGCCAGGCGCUUCACGCGCACGCAGUUUUUCGCAGCGUCGGGCUCGGUCCGCUCCUCAUCAUGUGCCUCGUGCUCGCCUUUGUCGUGCAUGUCCCGCCAACCGACGCCACGUCUGUGUUUGAAAUACGGGUGCAUGCGCUUCUCCAGCGCGAUCGGGACGACGUUCGAACCAUGCUCUCGGACACUUCGGUCGACGCGCUCGUCGCAAGCUACUGCGCGAUGCAGUCGGCCAAAGCGUCUGCGUUUCUCGCCCGCUUACGCAACACCAACGUGCCCGUCGUCGUCGUCUCGGACGAACCUCUCGCCAAGCGGCCGCGACACGAGACCGCGCCGCCACUGGUGUGGUCGAAUUUGCUGCACGACGAUGCGUGGCGCCAGGUGCUCACCACCGAGUUUGAAAAGGCCUACAUGCGCCGCCUCGCCGCCUUCUUGGCACUCGAAGCAGAGCGAGGACACCAACUGUGCCCGCCCGUCCGAAGCCUCUUGGCGGCGUUCGAUGCGUGCCCGCUCGAGAGCGUCCGCGUCGUGGUGCUCGGCGCGGAGCCGUACGCCUCAAUCGGGAAGGCGACGGGGCUGUGCUUUGCGCUGCCGCCCGCAGCCCGCGUUUCCACGAGCCUCCAAGCUCUGUUUGAUGAGCUCGGCCGGGACUCGGCGCUUCCGCAAUUGCCAAGCGCGUCGCUAGAGAGCUGGGCCAAGCAGGGCGUGCUAUUGCUAAACGCAGUGCUGAGCGUGCGCGCCAACACUGCCGGGUCCCAUGCGAACCAGGGCUGGGAGCUCUUUCUCGAGGCCGUGCUGCGCAUUCUCAACCGAGUGACGUCCCACAGUGUAUUUUUGCUCCUCGGCGCCGCGCUGCCGAAGCGCAAUGUCCUCAUCAACGGCGCCAAGCACCUCCUGCUCGACUGCAACGACGGCGUCCACGGCUCACACUGCUUUUCCAAGAUCAACGCGUAUCUCGAAAAGCACCGCCGCGGUCGCAUCGAGUGGACUCGUUCGUAGUUUGUAGUUUGUAGUUUUCGUGUCUCGUUCUUGGCUCAUCGUACAGUGUAACUGGACCUGGGUUCUGGCAACAUAUGGGGGUUUAGGGUCCAUCACUGGGUUGUCGGUGUAGGAUGCGCUAGAGGCACUCGAGCUUGUCCGCAUCAGCUGGUUGCUUGCCUGCUCUCAUUGCAUUUCGAUAAAGUUUGCAAUAGUACCAA